AUGCAAGAACCCGAAGAGAUCGCCUGGAGGGAGGAUAGGUUGAUCCCUAUCCUACCUGAUACGAGCAAUAUUCACAACCGGGAACAGCUGGACGACUUGCUAAGACGUUAUGUACCUACUAUGAAGGCGGUUAAGAAGUUGUCUGCAGAUACUGCUUUCGUCGCCCUGGACGUUAAACCUAGGUUUGGGAUUGGAGGGUUCUUUGACGUUGAUCUGGCACUUUUAACGAAACUCGAGGAGCAUACCUGUGACAAGCACGAGGAGCCCCUAUACCUCGUCGACUUCGUAACGGAACGCCAGGUUAGGACCAUAUCGUUGAGGAUCAAUAUGAUAGGCCGAGAGGAGGUAGUCAUACCCAGAGCGACGACUACAAUAGUCCAUGCUAUGAAGCAGCUUUGCGCGGCGGUCCCGGGUCAAAAUAUCGCGCUGAUCGGUUUCUCUCUUCCAAAAGAUAUCGAGCGUAUAGGCUUGAACUUUGCGCAUAUCAACAGCAUGUUCCCCUAUUGGAUAGACCUUUCGAGGAUGGUCGGAGCGAUUUCUCCGGACUUGGCUUGCCAUCAAAUUGAUAUGGGAACUAUCCUUGAUACCUUUGGUUACGUCUCUAUCGGUACAGUAUGGUUUGCAGGAACUCGCAUAGUCGUCAACGAAGCAGUUAAAGCAUUGGCCGUGCUAGAAGGGUUACAAUGUCGAGAGGGAGUAGACAAGCUCAUACUGGGAGAGCGCAAGUUCCCAGGUAUAGAGGUUAAAUCCCAGGUCGAGGCCUUCAGAUUCAUACCGUACAAGGCGUUGAUCCAUAACCAGGGUUCAAGUCUGCCUCCUAGCAUCGAUUGCGCCCAGAAGUUAGCUCUCGCAACAGAAGACUAUCGACCCAUUGGAGUUGCCGCCGACAUAUGCGAUAUACGGGUUGAAGGUUUUAAACCAAGUUGUCCCGGUAUCCUCGUGACGGGCAUGACCCGAGGAUCUGUGCGUCUAUCCCUGUACUUGGCUCGCUAUCUCAGAUACGGUGCCGUGCAUGUACGCAUCAUUAACAUUUCCAGCGCUGCGUCGGACUUAUACGAUACGUCAACGCACUUCCUCCUUGAGUUGCUGCAGAAUGCCGAUGACAAUCAGUAUCCCUUAUCCUUAAUUCCCACCUUAACAUUCACUUGCAGAGAGAACACGGGUAGUCUCCGGGUCGACUGCAAUGAAACCGGGUUUGAAGCUAAACAUGUUAAGGCCAUAUCUACAGUUCGCCGUAGCACUAAGAGUAACAAGAACCACUCCGGGGGCUACACCGGUGAGAAGGGAAUCGGGUUCAAAAGUGUCUUCAGAGUUGCGGAAAGAGUCUGGAUAUCGUCACGCCAAUACCGCUUCAUGUUUGACAAGAAGGAACAGUUCGGCAUGAUCGCCCCCAAAUGGGCAGAGUUUCCGGAGUCUGUUCUUCCGGCCCAGACGUCCUUUUACCUCAAACUGUCCGAGGUUAAUGCCUCGGAGGAUCUAGCAAAGGAGCUUCGUGACUUUGAUGCUAGCCUUCUCGUGUUUCUCAGGAGAAUACGUCAGGUUGUUCUACGGGUACAUGACAAGGACAAUAAAGUGUGGGAGAGACGUCUACAUAAAACGCUUGUCUUGGAAGACGGCGAACCGGUCACUAUCGUCGACGUGGAUCAAAGCCAAUUGCGGUACCACACUUUCGCUUACCAAGUAGAGAAUCUCCCUUUUGAGGAAAAACGGUCAGGAUCUCGGACUUCAGAACUUACGCUUGCCUUUCCAACCUCGGGAUUGCCCGCCCAGCCGAGUCGCAGCCCUCAAUACGUUCAUGCGCUGUUGCCAUUCUUGCUAAACGGCGACUUCUUGCUCACCGCAGACCGAUCGCAUAUUGACGUUUCAUCGCCAUGGAACCAGUCACUGCGAGAUGGUCUGGCUGCCGCCUUCAUCCAAGCCGUCCAAAAAUUUAGCCAAGGCUCGAUGAAGUACUUCUGGCCGUUCUUCGUACCCGACAGUGAGGUAUCUAGUUUCUUUCAGCCCUCCCGAGAAAUGAUAUUGCAAGACUUAGCCGAAAGAGCGGUCCUAGAGGGCUGGGAUGGGACAAUGCUUAGACCGUCGAACCUUGUCUAUGUCAGUCUCGACAAGUACUCGGAUGAAGACAGGCGCCCCUUUACCCUACACCAGCACACGAUUAGCCGCUAUCUAUCUAUAAAAUAUCCCGAGUGGUUGAUAGACUCCCUUUUAGAUCUCGGGGUCUGUAGUAUGUCUGAUGUGACAUUUUUGAAUGACCUCGAGUCUAUGGUGUCCAAUUACCCAGGUAAAUUUCGGCGGCGGCCCCCUGCGUGGCACUCACAGCUCGCAAAGGCUCUUCUGCCUCUAGCACAAGUUGCAAGCCACAAGGAGACUCUGUCAAGACUAGCCAUCAUACCGCUGUCUGGUGGAACAUGGACGUCAGCAGAUCAGCAGCCGGCAUUUUUUAGCGAUGACCUAGAUCCGAAGAGCUUCGGGGUAUUCAGCGAGGUACUUAUCGUAGAUCCAGCGGCCGCAGCCGACGACAAUCGACGAAGUUUAUUUCAGAAGCUUGGUAUCUCAGAAAUCGAUCGACCAGACAUGUGUUCUAAAAUCGCCAAGUUGCAUGCAUCUACGUCCUUCGACCCCCUAAAAAUACCACGAACAAAACUCAUCUCGCACGCCAUAUACUUAUUUCAGGCUUCUUGGCAUCCGGAUUUUGACGUGGAUCUCUGGUUUGCUACAUCUGAUGGCGGAGUAUGUAAAGGUUCAGAAUUAUAUAUUCGGGGCGACUUCGAAGAUGGAUCGCCAUCUGCCAGGGUAUUCGAUAAACUUCGAAAGGAAUUCCCGACAGCUCAUAAAGGUUAUAUCUCUCGAAUAAACAGUGCGUCUCUCUACAAGAAAUAUCCGGACAUGGUACACUUUGAAAAAGACGCUCCCGAGAAGCUACGGCUUGAUAGCACAUCAAACAACGAGCUACAUUUCUCAGACACCGCCGAAGAUCUAAAUCAGAAGUCGGCAACCGUAACGGAUUCCGUUUUCGAAACUGGGACUGUCGGCGUAGACCAACCUGCCACCAGUACCAAAUCGAGUGUUGAAAGGCACUUUUCGCUCCUUGACGAAUCAUAUUUGGAGAAUUUAAUUGUUAAAGAGAAGAAAUCUUUUAGGUCAUACCUCAUCAACACCCUGCACUUAUCAGAGAUUCCGCGGCUUGUACGUGAGUCAAUAGAUUUUGGGAAUCGGUGCUACUUCCUAUCGGAAGAAUUCAAGUUUUUGUUCAAAGAAUGUUCUGUAUCCGACGUGCUCUAUCUCCUUAGCGAGCAUUGGAACAUCUACUCCGAGUGGAUCGAACCGAGUUCAUUCAGGCAGAAACAUCCUAACACGGCAGAUUUCAAUAUGCCACUGCUUCACAACAUCAAACACACUAUUGUGCACACGCUGCAUGGACCCGCGCCUAUCUACAACACCUUCCUCCCCUCUCUGGACCCUCGUGUCGAGGAACUACAAAUUCCAAUACCUAUUUUGGAUAUAGAUGGUUCUGAAGAUCAGUCAUUUCGUAGGAAGCUGGGGUGUCUGGGCAUUAAUGUUGAUGUUAACAUCUACUUCUACCUAGCCUGUUUGACCUCACUCGGUUUGCAACAAGGCUCGCCAGAUAACGAUGUAAUCUCAUAUGUAUACGAACAGAUUCAGUCCCGUUUCGAGGAUGACCCGGACAGUGUAAUGUAA